AUAGCCACCCACACCCACUCACAUUACACACCAUUACGCAAUGAGAGAGUAUUUCUCCUCUCUUUAAGACUCCUUUGCUUUUCAAAACCAUCCAUUCGCUUAACAGCCUUUCUCCAUAUCACACGCACAAAAGAAGAAAAACACAGUAAUGGGUUUUGACGAUGGGUGCAACACAGGGCUUGUUCUUGGGUUAGGAUUCAGCACGAUGUCUAGUACUACUUCUCCAUCAAAGUCUCAUGGUACUACCCCCAAGAUUAUGAAGCAUGCAUUUUCCCUCAAGUUUGAUGAAAUUGAACCGUCUCUGACUCUGGGUCUAUCCAGUGAUCAUCUUCAGAUUGGAACCUGCAGAAAGAAUAAUAAUAAUAAUAAUACUAUGAUCCUUGAAGGGUCUAGUAAUGGUGACUUGUACCGUCAGACUUCCUCUCCUCACGCUCACAGUACUACUAGUGCCGUUUCGUCCUUCUCGGUGAAGAGGGAGAGAGACCUUAGCAGUGAAGAGACAGAGAUCGAUGUCGAGAUCGAGAGGAUUUCUUCUAGAGUUAGUGACGAAGAUGAAGAUGGUUGUAAUGCAAGAAAGAAACUUAGGCUCACAAAACAACAAUCUGCUCUCUUAGAGGAAAGCUUUAAGCAACACAGCACUCUCAAUCCUAAACAAAAGCAGGCUCUGGCAAGGCAGCUGAAUCUACGGCCACGACAAGUUGAAGUCUGGUUCCAAAACAGGAGAGCCAGGACAAAGCUGAAGCAAACAGAGGUGGAUUAUGAGUUGUUGAAGAAGUGCUGCGAGACGCUGACAGACGAGAACAGAAGGCUACAAAAGGAGGUUCAAGAGCUUAAAGCACUCAAACUGGCGCAACCCUUUUACAUGCACAUGCCGGCGGCCACUCUCACCAUGUGCCCUUCUUGUGAAAGACUCGGCGGUGCCGAUCACGGUAGCGCAGCCAAAGCUCCAAAGCCCCACUUCUACAAUCCCUUCACUAAUCCUUCCGCAGCUUGUUGAAAUUAAUGUAAUUUCUAGUUUCAAUUGCGAGAUAAAAUUAGAAAAAGAAAUUAUAAAUAGACCUCAGGAUCGAUCCCUCUAUUUUUUGUGUUAGGGGUUAAAUAUAUUGUCUUAAUGUAAUUAUUUAAUUUGUAGAAAUUAAAAUAGCUAGUAAUUAUAUAUACAUACUAUAUCAAUAA